AAUGACAUGAACCAAAUUUAUCAAACUUCCUACUGAAAUAUCCUCAACACCUACAAACAAGAGGAGCUUCAAAAGCCAUACUUCUUUUAGGAGAAUAUUAAGUUUUUUUUUUACUAGUCAUAAACACAACUUUUUUUUUUAGUUGCAAAGAUCAAAACACCUUACAAUUAUAUAAACCAUAAUAUUUUAGGUGGAAAAGUUUUAUAUUAUAUGAUCAUCUAUCUAAGAUAAUAAUCAUAAUGCCUACAAUUUCAGGUGUUUUGUCAAGCUUUCCAUUAAUGGUGCCUCCAUCAAAGUUAAUGAGAGGAAGAUCAAUCGAUAAUAACAAUGCCAUAAACCUUUACAAUUUUGGCACAAGUUUACCUUCCCAUGUUACAAGAUUGCAAGUUAAAGUUGAUAACUUUCAAGACCCUUUGAAGAUCAACAAUUUUGGGAAGACUGUGAAUCAUGAAUUGGAAAAAAGAAGGUUUACACAAGAUGGUUACGUGGUGGGUCAAAACUUCUUGGUUAGAUUGUAUGAGCUUGAUAUCCAUGAAAAGGCUUCUUUAGAGGCUUUGCUUAAUUAUACACAGGAAACUGGUUUAAAUCUGUUUCAAAGUUCGGGAUUAAGGGUAGAAGGGUUUGGAGUGUCGAAGGAGAUGAAUAGUCGAAAUCUAAUUUGGGUGAUUGGAAGAAUGCAAGUUGAAGUUGAUUCUUACCCUUCAUGGGGAGACAUUGUUCAAGUAGAGACUUGGUGUUCAGGCUUGACAAAACAUUGUCUCACUUGUAGCUCAAGACUAACUGAUGCAAAUACAGGAACCAAGAUCAUGCGAGUUGACAGUGAAUUUGUGAUGAUUAAUGAGAAAACGAGGCGGCUUUCAAGAAUUCCAGAGGAGAUCAAAGCAAGUGGAGAUCCUUAUGUAAAAGAUUAUCUUGAUCCCCCUUUAAGUGUUGAUGAUAAACUCAGGAAAUUACAAAAACUUGAUGAAGAUAAGGCAGAUUAUAUUCUUAGAGGAAUAAAGCCUUUAUGGUUCGACUUGGAUCCCAAUCAGCAUGUGAAUAAUGUCAAGUACAUAAGCUGGAUUCUAGAGGGAACCCCAGAAGCAGUGAGGGAGAAUUAUGAACUCAGCGCGUUUACUUUGGAGUAUAGGAGGGAAUGUGGGAGAAAUAGUGUGCUGCAAUCUCUUUCAGGGGCAUCUAAUGAAGUUCCUAAUGAGUAUUAUCAUUUACUUCGUCUGGAAAAUGGAAAUGAAGUUGCAAGAGCUAGAACCCUAUGGAGGAAGUCCAGUAAGAUAGAGUGUAACUCAAUGAAUUAAUUAAUCGCGUUUUUUUUUUUUGUUUUGGGAGUGAAAAUUUAAAGGGGUUUGGGAUGCAUUCAUCACAAGUUCAUAACGAAUUCCUUAAAACAACUGAUGAAUCAUGUGACAUUAGGGAUGGUUUAUUUUAGGACCACUAGAACCACCCCUACCUAAAUUAGUUUCAUAUGUACCUAUGUACUCAACUUCGUCGCUUUUAUUAGUUUCAGAUUAAGACCAAUGUUAGCACUGGCUUCUGAGUUGCCACUCGUGAAUGCUUAACUAUGUUACUAGGUUGGAUGCCUCAUUUCACAUCAAAUAUUUAUGUCAGAUCCUUGACACUAUAUAUGAUGUUGACGCUAUGAUAGAUUUUGAUAAGUUUAC